GUCAUAUUUUAUGUUUUUAACAUUAGUUUUCUUAUUUAUAUUCUACAUAAAAUUCAGGUUGUUUAUAUCGGUGUAAGUGACGUUCCAAAGUUAGAGCUUUGCAGCGUCGUUUUUGAAAUGUCAAAAAAUAAACGUCGAAUCUCCCGUCAUGAACUCUAAGAUUACAACCGGUUUUGUGGGAGUGGAGAGUCUCGAGCGGGAAAAUGGAAACUGGUUGCGUCGAGUGUUUGUUUUGAAGAUAUUUACAAACUGUGGCGACGUUUAACGUAGUGUUGUGUUUUUAGUUCAAUGUUUUAAUCAAGGAACACUUAUAAGUAAUGCUGCUGUACGUUGGCGGUAUAACUAGCAGGUUUAGCCGGAUUUAGGGCUGCAACCGUUAGAACUACAGUAAAAGCUUCAUGAUGAAGCACGACUCUUUCUCCAGAUGCAAGGACAGAGAUUCAAAACUGGACGGACAUAAUAGUACAUCAUCUAAAAGCAAAGUUAAACUCACAUGUGAUGCUCUUCAGAACAAACCUUUUAAAGGGAGAAUAUUUUACCUGGAUCUGCCAUGGAAUAUGAAAACACAGCUCUUGGAAAAUGACAUUAAAACUCUUGGUGGUACAGUGGAAAAGUUCUUCAGUAAGGACAUCAAGUAUCUUGUGUCUAGUAAGCCGGAAGCUCGUUAUGCCCAGCGUCUCCUGCCAGACUCUCCUGCGCCCAGUCCGGAUUCAGGCGUCAGCUCUCCUCAUCCCAGCAGCAGGAGGGAAAGCCGUGGGCACAGGGGCAGCUCUCAGGGAGUCUCGGAAACGGCGGCUGUAAGUCGAGGCAAAUCGCUUGUGGAGAGAGUCGUUAAGGAGCAGGAACGUGUUCAGAUCAAUGGAAUCUUGGCAAAUGCUGUGGAAUGGGGGGUCAAAGUCCUGCAUGUUGACGAUGUUAUUUCAUAUGUUGACAAGAAGAAAUCAAAAAUCAUUGCCAUGAACGCAGCUAAUCCAGUGGCAAAAGGAGCUGCCAGCAAUCAGCACACAGAGAAAAAUGCAUAUCACAGACACAAUGCUGGAAGAAUUCGUCGGCCAUUUGUGAAAGUAGAAGACUCAAGCAGGCAUUAUCGUCCCAUCUACCUUCCCCUGUCCAACAUGCCUGUGUGCAACCUUCAGUCUCUUCCUCCCUGCAGUCCGUUUCUGGUGGAUGACCAUGGAAAGGAUGAUCUAAAGAAAAGACAGAAAGAGCAAAGGUCUGGAGGGGAACGAGGAGCUCGAGGAAAGAAAGAGAGGCGCAGAGGACAUGAAGGGAGAGAAAAGAGGAAAGGAGGGUACUGUGAAUGCUGUGAGGUCAAAUUCGACAACCUAAAGGCGCACCUGGAGAGCAAACAGCAUCAGGCUUUCUCUAAAAGUGAGGUGUACGCAGUCGUGGAUCGAGUCACUGCGGGACUGACCUGCGACCUUAUGAACGUUGGCACGCACUGCAGAAGGGUGAAAUGCAGUACAUCAAUGCCUGUUUUGUUUGCUGGAGCCAUGUUGCCAGUAAAUGAAGAUGUGGGAUCUGCAAAAGGUGGUUGGAAACAGGAAAACGAGGGGUCUUUGCUUUGGAGUUCUACAGCAAAGCAGCCUUUCUCAGAACAGACUGGAGAAAAACCUCUGUUGGUUCGUAAGCGCAGCAGGGGCCAGUGUGAAUUCCCUCGGAGCAACAGCUUGUUCGACCAGUCUGAUGUUCCGGAGAAGUCCCAAUCUAAGCGUGGAUCCUUUGAGUGGGAAUUCCACUCGCGGAAAUCUGAAGGUGCAUCUUUUCUCAGCAGAGAGCAGAACUGUGACUCUAAUGCACUUGAAUGCAGGACAGACCGACAAACCAGGACAAACCCUGACAUGGACACAGCUCAACAGUUCAGUGAAAGAAACCGAGAAUCAUUCACAGGAAUUGAGUGCCUUAGGACUAACUGCUGGGAAGUUUAUUUGCAAAGUAUGCCAGAAAAUCAAGUUGAAAAUUCAGCUCUUUGGCCUUUAGCCAACACAGAACCUGAAGCGGACCUUGACACCCCCACUAAUUCACUGCAACGGAAGGUUCGGAACGUCAGAUCCAGAAGAAGAAAGCAAGCACCAGCCUUGCACAUCGAAUCCAGUAGAGAGAGAGAAUCAUUGAGCUCUCUUUCACCUGUUAAACCUGUACAGGAGUGUGAAAACCCACCUGCUUCUCUCCUGGACCUGUGGCAGCUCUUUCAGUCCAGUGACAAUAUGGAUGAAGACUUUAAGGGUUUUUGAGAUGAGCAGAGGUAUUCAACACCUGUUGUAAAGUUAUUACUUUGCCAAAUAAUAUAUAUUAAUAAAUCAGUUUUCUUUCGUUAAUAUGAUGGAAAAUGGUGUUCUCACCAUACAGACUUUAAAAGAAAACUUAUAGACUGGAAAAACACCUGACUUUAUACAAGAAAAAAGAGUGGUGAUGCACCGUAAGUAUGUAAAUUGGGUGUAAUUGAAUGAUAUAACAGCAUGAGAUUUUGAAAUUAUUUUCUGGUUGUAUUAAAUUGCAAAUAUUUUUUACAAUGGUUUAAGUAUUGUUUUUUCUUUCGUUUUGUAUUCGUUUUAGUUAUCCAUCUUAUUUUUUUAACGUGGAAGUAAGCCUAUGGGCAAGACUUCUGUUUCUAUAUCCACUGUAUGGAAAUAAUGAGAAGAAUAACAAUGUGCACUAACUGGUUAAACUGUUUGCACUACAAACCAGUGUGCUCAUAAUUAAGAUAACACAUUAAAAUAAUAUGGUAAGACA